ACUUCAUCCUCCUUGUAUACCAUCAACGAGUCAGUUGAAUACACUCGCCCAAAAUGCCUUCGACUACUUGGCCAACACCAUCCGUGACGCUCCCCACUGUUCCCGAACUGGAAGAUAUCAACCUCUACCUGGAGAAGUUGUCGCCACAAGAAGUGCUUCUAUGGGGCCUUCGUCAUCUCCCGAAUUUAUACCAGUCUACUGCCUUUGGCAUCACCGGUCUCUGUACAACACACAUGCUCACGACCUUUCCGACUUCUGCCUUCCCCGAGCCUUCCAAUCCCCAGGUACCAAUGAUCUUCGUCGAUACCCUAUAUCAUUUCCAAGAGACCCUUGAGCUGAAGGACGAAGUCGAGAAAAAAUACAAUGUUCCGGUCAUCGUUGCGAAACCACAAGACUGCGAGACCGUGGCCGACUUCGAGGCGAAACACGGUGAACGUCUGUGGGAGCGCAACGAACCGACCUACGACUUCCUCGUGAAGGUUGAUCCAGCCCGUCGGAUAUACGAAAAACUGGCCGUCAAAUCCCUCUUGACUGGCCGGAGGAGGUCGCAGGGUGCCGCACGUGCAAAGCUCAGCCCUCUCGAGAUUGACGAGACCGGCAUGUUCAAGCUCAAUCCCCUAUUCAGCUGGUCUUUGGAACAGGUACAGACCUACUUAGACGAGAACGACGUCCCGAAAAACAAGCUUCUCUCGCAAGGGUACAAGAGCGUUGGAGACUGGCACUCUACUACAAAGUCUAAGGAGGGGGAAGGCGAGCGUGAUGGUCGCUGGCGAGGACGCGAAGAGAAGACUGAGUGCGGAUUGCACGAGGACUACUUCAAGCUCAAGUUGUUGGCUAAGAAGCAGAAGCGUGAGGAGGAGCUUCGUCGCCGAGAUGAGGCACAGGACAAGCUACAGGGGAGCUUUGCGUCAUUAGAAAUUUCCGAGAAGACGGCCACCGAGACUACAGCAUAGAGGAUCUGCAAUGUAACAAAUAGAAG